UCAUAAUCAGUAUGAUGGGAUAAUGGUUCAAAAGCCAAGUGAAAAAUACUACAGAAUGAUUACAGGAGGAUUUAAAAAUGACAAAUAUGAAGACGAUCUCAUCAGUAGUAUUACAUUUGCCAUGAAAUAUUUUUUCCCCAAAUGGAAAGGGUUCAUGUUGGGAAAAGACUUACGUGCAAUUUCAUGUAUAGAGUCUCUGCAAUGUGUUGAUUCAAUUCACAGAGGCUUUUGGACUAGUUAUGGGGACAGAUUCAAGUAUUGGAAACAUGACUACGGAAAUUUCAAACAAUAUAUUGGAGAGGCUUUCUUGGACAUGUUGCACCCAAAAGUUCAAGAAUUUUCCAAUAAAACUGUAAAGGAUCCAGUCUCAGCUCUAGCAAUUCUGUAUAUUGUUGAAAAAUUUGAGCUAAAUCUGAAAUUUGACCAGUACAUGCCAUUAUUGAGAGCACUGGUUCAAGAGGACAUGGAUUUCCAAGCCAUUAAAGAGAACUUUGAGGAGGAUGUACUGCUGAAAACUCUGGAAAGACUCAUUGCAAAAUACAAAGACAGUGAUAUGCCAGUUUGGUUGUGCUGUGUCCCACUUUGGCAUUUAGUGACAAAGAGGAUUCAGAAACCUUAUGACAAAGUUCAGCUCGCCAAAAACCACUCAGGAAAAGUUCCAAAAUGGUGGGGAAUAGAUGGAAUUGAGGAUGCAAUCACUGUGACCAAAAGGAAAACAUGGGAUGCCAAGAUAAUGCUGGAUUGUUUGAAGCCAAUGUUUAAAGUGGAUUACUUGUUGCCAAGAUCUCUAAUAGCAGCACUGAAUUAUGAGCAGUUUGUUGAUGUGGUUCCAACUGGACUCAUCCCAACCGAAGUUACUCUAGCUGGCAUUUACUUUUUUGCUGUUGGCUUUCAUAUCACCCAAAAUGAUCAGGUUUCCAAGAUCUGUAUUGACACAGUGCUGAGUCAGAUGAACCAAAUUUAUCUUCAGGGAAAUAUUGAAGUAACUGAGGAAAUUUUACAUCAUAGUUGGAUGACCUACCAAAUAGCAUCAGAUCUCUUGGAUGUUGUGUUGGAUAAAUAUACAAUACGGAAUGGGCUCUGUAUCAGGACAUUUUACGUCUUCAUAACGGCAUUGGCACAUUUUGAUUUUCUGAUUGACAAAAGAGGAAGUGGAGAGAAAAUAAACACGCAACAUAAAAACACUACUGCCCAUUUAGUUAUUUUUCAUAAGCAGCGAGAUGCUAUCAUUCAUUGGCUCAAAAAGCAACCAAUCCUGUCUGAAACAAGAAGAUAUUUCAAGACUUGGAGUUUUAUUUUCAAAAUUAACAUCAAAGAUGGAGAUAUAAAGACAGCCCUGCUUUCAGAAUUGAAGGAAGCUUUAAAGUCAGACAUUACCAGGAGAUCAGUUGGAGCAGAUCGAUUGUUUGACAUUUACUGCUCUGAUGAGGAAUUUCCUGUGGAGGUGCAAGACGUUCUCACAGAGGUUGCAUUUCAGGAACUUGAGAAAAACUGCAAAAUAAAUGAUAAUAUCCUCCGCAGCAAAGGUGUAGAUAAGUAUGGAGUUCUCUUGUCAAAGCAUUUUGAAAAGACCUGGAAGAAGAAAUCAUCUGAUGGAAAUCAGUCUUUGCUGGAGUUCACCUUGUCUUGGCCAUCUUUUUUCCACUUCUUGAACAUGUUUUAUCAACAAGACAAGAGGUCCAAACUCCUUUCCAAGGACAGUGGUGGUUUGCUGACAAAAGCUGCCCAGGAAGUCUGGACAGCUUACGAGGAUCUCCUGAGUGGACAGAUUACUGUAGGAAAUUUAUCUUUACUCCAAGAAAAUUUAGAGAACUUCCUCAAAAUCAUUCAAAUAAUGAUUGAAAGAAACCAGAAAGACACAAGGUUGAGUGAUACUCUAACCACCACUCUGAUUGAAGUCAGAAACAAGGAAAUAAAACAGUUCCAGAGACUUUUGAGAGAUGUUGGAAUAUUUGCAGAGAUGUGCCAGCAUUUCAGUGUGGGAACAUCUGCAUAUGAUAAAGCUUUGUCAACAUUCCAAGACCUAGGAGGACAUAGAAUUGCAAAUUUUUGUAAUCCAACAUCUGUAGAAAAUAUUGAGGAUGUUGAGACCUAUGAACCAGUUAUAACUGCAUUUUGCAUUGAAAAUGAAGUUCUUGAAGUUGUUCCACUUAUGCAAAAAUGUAGCGUAGGAAUUCUGUUCAUGAAACUGUGGGAGAGAAGAGGUAGGAAGUGUGUAGAUGACAAAGGAGGCGUGCCUUUGACGACCGAUGAAGUGCUCUCACUGGUGUGGGAACCAGUUUAUGAAAAUCUGCAGGAUAUCUCAAAAAGGAUCCAAGACGGCACAAUGCUCUUUACCGAGUUUCAAAGGCAUUUUGGAAAUAUGCCUGAUGAAACUUUGGUCAGGGAACUUGAACAUUUGUCUGUUGAUGGAGACAGAGGGUGGAUUGAAAAAAGAAUGGAACAAAUACGGGAAAUUAAAACUGUUCAGCAGUGUGUAAAUGGAGCUCAUAUCAUUAUGAAUGUUGUAAAAACAUAUGGAUUAGAAGGGGAUUUCAAACAAAUGAAUUUGAUAGUUGAAAUGGCUAGAGGGAAGGAUAUAGCUAUGUGCAAACUUGACAAAGAUCUGAUGAAAGCAACUGUAAGUCUGAAAGGAAUGACAGAGAAACAAGUUGAAUGUCUCAAGGUCUUCAUGGAUUGCAAGCCAUUGGUGGAAUGGGUGAGAGAGUCAAUGAAAAAUCUCCAGGAGUUGAAAGUUUUUGUGGAUUUGGCCAGCAUAUCAGCAGGAGAGGGCGCCAUGGAGGUGGAUAGGGUCAAAUGUCUCCAUGCAGCCACCACUGGAUUUGCUCCAUUGAUCUUUAAUUUGGAUAAAAACUGUGACUCAAAAAUGUUUCUGGAGAAAUGUGAACUAGUGUGGAAAGAAUUGACUUCAGAUCCCAAUCUUCCUAAAAAAUUGAUUGACACCAAGAGACAGUUGGAAUGGCUGAACAGUGUGAAAUCUGCUCAGGGUUCUGUAGAAGUGACAUCCAUGAGACAAGCAGAAGCUAUCAAUUCUGUUGGAAUUUAUGUGGUGGGGAAGAUAGGUCCAAACUUGACCACUGAUAAACCAACUUUGGAAAAUGUACUCCAGCUGCAUGUUCAAGAAGACGCAAAAGAUCCCCAAAACACUGAAGAUACUCAAGACUCAGAGGACACUGGAAAGUGUAAGGUGCAAAGAAAAUACAAGCACAAGGAGCUGCAGGAACUACAGAGCAAGCUCAUGCUGGUGGCCGGCAAGGCAGAGAUGGGCAAGGAUGAUGUGGACCGAUUCACCAUCGUAUUCGAUGCAAUAGUAAGACUAUGUAAUGUCUACAUUAAACUAGUAUCUUCUGGAUGUGUGUUGUUCUCAAACUGGCAGGCUAAAUUUUUGUGUGAUCCAACACGUAAAGUUUGCGCCUUUGUAAAAUUUGGCAGUGGUAAUGGGUGCACACAGUUAAAAGGUGGAAGAAAUGAAGGGGAUGAUGUCAGUACCAUUAUUCCUAGACUGGCAAAGUUCAUGGAAGUGUGUCUGGAAGAAUGGCUGAAAUACAUUGACCACAAAAGGGAUGAGUAUCAACAUCUUAACUUCUUUACUAUUGACCAAAUGGUCAUUCUACAAAAAGAACUGGUUUUAAUGGGAGGGGAAGUUGAACCAUCUAAUCUCAUUUAUCCAUUGUUAUCCAUUGUAAAACAUGACUGCACCAAAAUGGAUUUGAUUGGUGCUUUGAAAAAGGCCAAAGGUGAUGUAUCUCAAAAAGAGGCUGAGCAGGAAGUUGAAAUGGAAGACAGUGAAGAGGAAGAGGAGGAAGAAGAUGUUGACCCUGAUGAAGAAGACAAUACCAAGGCCAUAGCUGUUGCAAAAUUCAUUGCAGAAAUUGUAAAUUCUGGUUAUUCAGAUAAAUUGGCAAGAGAGGCCCUGAAAAGUGGACUUGAUCCAGAUAACAUUGAGGAAGGAAUUGUGUGGUGCAUUGAUCAUGAGGACCUGGUAGUGGCUGAUAUGGAGACAGAGGUCAGCGAGGACCAAGUGGAGGUCAAGAUCGAGGAGUUUGAGGGCUGGACAAAACCUGGGAUUUACAUCUCUGACAUCACCCAGAACAUCCUGUCUGGACUCCAGUAUGACAAAGGAACUGAAGAGGACACUUUGUUACUGAAAUUGGAACAGCUAUGGAGUGAGUUUUUGUCCUCCAUCUCCUCCAGUGUGUCGGAUUAUCUCAGUGUGGAACAUCUCGGGAUCAUUCUGAGGAGACUCGCUGAGACUGAAACAUUUACAGUGAGCAGACUAUUAAUACCUGGGUUUGAGAGAGGUGCUCCUAAUCUGCUGCUCUGUCCUCAAGAUGAGAUUCUAAACACUGUACUCACAAUAUACAGCCAUGAUUCGGAUCAGCCGCUUCCUCAGUCGGAUGAGAUCCUGAUGUGCACUCCACAUACCACCCUGGAUGAGGUGGAGAUAUUCUGGAGGAGGGCGGUGUUUGACACCACUGACAGAAUCCACUGUCUUGUUAGUGGAGAUCUGUUGGACUAUGAGGUCAGCGACAGGGGCGAGAGGAGACUAGACUACCAUAUGCAGAGGGCAACAGAAAAUGGCAUUCCCUACAAGUUGGUGGUGGUGUGUAGCACAGAGAGAGAGAACCACUCUAGAAUCGUGGCAGCCCUUGACAAAUACAGACGUCCUCCCAUACCACUUCCCUCACAUGAAAAGACGGCAGAAUACAUCAAAGAAAAGCUGACCUUUAACCUCAAGAAAACUCGUGUAAGGCCAUCAGCUGAGGCCGACAAUGAGAAUUGCACAGUCCGAGUGGUAAAGUCCUGGCGAGCUGGAGUUGGUAAAACCCUUCACAAGAAAAGGUUGGCUGAAAAACUCGAAAGUCUUCACUCUGGUGUUGUUAGAACUAAUAAAGCAGUGGUGUCCAUUCCACUCCAUGAGAGGGAGAUCAACAUUGACAGCAUUAUGUCUGUCCUUCUACAAAACACACUGCAUCCUGGGAAAAUUGAACCUAGAUUGUUUCACAUUGAUUUGUCUCAUGAGGUCCAGGAGGGUGUGGAUUACCUGCUGUUCCAGUUACUGAUACUGGGCUGUCUCACCAACAGCACCGGUCAUGUGUGGAGAAAGCUGCCCUAUGACCUCUACAUAGUGGAGACCAUGCCCCUCCUGGCUAGGGACUUCCAAGAUCAGAGAGGCUAUAUAAAGUGCAUGCACAGAUGCCUGGACCUUCUACCAGACGUAACCUGUCGCUCUCCAUUAGAAAGUGUCAAGAAAUACCAGGGGAAUGCUCCAGACAUUGGUGAGAGUGACCUGUUGUUUGAUGUUGCGGAGUUUAGGAGCUUCAUGUUCCAGCGGCCGUUCCAAUACCUGUACAGACUGGACAUGAACCGAGGCCUUGGGGACGUAGACAUGAGAAGGACUGAGGGGAACCGCCUCACCUGUCUACAGACACUGCUCAAGCAUUGUGGAAUUCCUGACCCAUCCUGGGCAGAAUUACGCCAUUUUGUCUGGUUCUUAAACACUCAGCUGGUGGACUUUGAGAGUUCGGCUUAUCUCUCCCAAGCAGCUGCAGAAGAUCUUCCAGGAUUUGCUCAGUUUGUUCUGAGAUUCCUCAUCCAGAUGUCUCGAGAUUUUGCCACUCGAUCCCUGAAUAUGAGUGAGGAAUCCCCCAUACAGAUGUUGAAGAGGAUCGACUCAGUGGAUGAAGAGGAGGAAAAUGAUGAGGCAGAUCUACAACAGUUUCAGCUCAGGAGGACUUGGGAAAGCAGCCCCCAUCCCUACCUGUUCUUCAACAUGGACCGCAUUACCAUGACAUUCCUGGGCUUCAACAUUGAGCGGCAGACCGGUAACCUUGUGGAUGCCCAGACUGGGACACUGCUUGAAACAGGGAUCAUGCAGAGGAAUUUACAGGAUGCACUUACGAGAAACAGAGUCCCCAUCAAUGAAAACUUCGACAGUUUGCCAAGAGAAGAAAAAUUGAGCAAGCUGUGCAGUGUGAUGGGGGUAGAUGUUCCUUAUGACCCUGACCCGACCUAUGAACUUACAACAGAUAAUGUGAAGAAAAUUCUGGCUAUCUAUAUGCGCUUUAGAUGUGACAUCCCAGUGAUCAUCAUGGGAGAGACCGGGUGUGGAAAGACCCGGCUUGUUAAGUUUAUGUGUCAACUACAGUGUCCUAUUGGUGUGGAAGUACAGAACAUGGUGCUGAUGAAGGUCCAUGGAGGCACUCGUAGAAGUGACAUCAUCAGAAAAGUGGAGGAAGCCGAGAGGAUUGCCCAGGAGAACACGGCUAAUUAUGGACAGAAACUGUACACAGUGUUGUUCUUUGAUGAGGCCAACACCACGGAGGCCAUUGGUCUGAUUAAGGAGAUCAUGUGUGACCACGCUAUGGAGGGGGAACCACUGAAACUGUGUCAGUCCCUCAAAAUCGUGGCCGCCUGUAACCCUUACAGAAAACACUCCGAGGACUUAAUCAAGCGUUUGGAACAGGCAGGAUUGGGUUACCAUGUGGAUGCAGAAAAAACAACAGACAGAAUGGGUCGGGUUCCCAUGAGGAGACUGGUGUACAGAGUGCAGCCUCUCCCCCAGAGCAUGCUACCCCUGGUCUGGGACUUUGGUCAGUUGGACACCAAAGUGGAGGAGAUGUACAUCAAACAGAUGGUCCUCAGAUAUAUAAGAGGAGGAAAGCUACCCAAUGAGCCUAAUUUAGACACAGCUGUCAGCCAUAUUCUGACGUCUGCCCAGGAAUUCAUGAGAAGUCAGAGGGAUGAGUGUAGUUUUGUGAGUCUGAGAGAUGUGGAGCGAGUUCUGGAGGUGAUGAGCUGGUUCUACAGACAGACCCAAGGAGAUACUGAUCUGUUCGACUUGAUGGAAGAGGAGGAAGAAACAGACUCUGAUGAAGAAGUAGAAGAAGUAGAAGACAUGGAAGAAAUGAUGAUGGAAGAUCACACUCAUCAUCAGCCAGUAAAUGAUGUGACUAAAUCCCUUGUCCUUGCUCUGGGUGUCUGCUAUCAGGCUUGUUUGAAAAACAGGGAGGAGUUCCGAGAGGAAAUUGUAAGAGAAUUCCGACCCCCUUGUGUGCUUCCCAAAGGUCCUGAUCAGAUGGCAGAUAUCAUAACAAGAUGUCAGGAUGUUUUCUUGGAGAUCGACAACUUGGGAGCAAACAUAGCUAAGAACCAGGCCCUGAGAGAGAACGUUUUCAUGAUGGUGGUCUGUAUAGAACUCAGGAUCCCCCUCUUCCUGGUGGGAAAACCCGGAAGUUCCAAGUCCCUGGCCAAGACCAUUGUGGCUGAUGCCAUGCAGGGAAAUGCUGCUCAUACAGAGGUCUACAGGAAUUAUAAACAGGUACAAAUGGUGUCCUUUCAGUGCAGUCCCCUGUCAGUACCAGAGGGAAUUGUGGGAACUUUCCGCCAGUGUGCCAUGUACCAGAAGGACAAAGACCUCAACAGAUUCGUGUCUGUGGUGGUGCUGGAUGAAGUGGGGCUGGCUGAGGAUUCUCCCAGAAUGCCCCUCAAGACAUUGCAUCCUUUGUUAGAAGAUGGCUGUCAAGGUGAUGAAACACCAGAAGAGCAUAUGAAGGUAGCAUUCAUUGGGAUUUCUAACUGGGCUUUGGAUCCAGCCAAAAUGAACCGAGGAAUUCUGGUGCAGAGAGAAGUGCCCGACUUGGAUGAAUUGAUUGAAAGUGCAGAUGGUAUAUGCUCCGGAGAAAGAAGCAUAAAGAAGAUGAUAAAGCCAUUAAUUGAACCGCUGGCUGAGUCGUAUCUUGAAGUGUUUGGAAUGGUAGUUUCACAAAGGGAAUUCUAUGGAUUAAGAGAUUUCUACAGUUUGAUUAAGAUGGUGUACAGCUUUGCAAAGAAAAACAGAAAGAAGCCAACAUGGCUGAUGCUCCAACACUGCAUCAAAAGAAACUUUGGAGGAUUCGAGCACUCUGGGAGUCAAGACCCGCUAGCUGUUUUCUCUCAGAAUCUACACAGAGUGGAAAAAAUAUCAAAAGCAAACGCUGAUGAUCCUGACAUUAGUCCAGCUGGUCUGAUUGAAGCCUGUCUGAAGGGAGAUGGAGUGGACAGUGACACGAGGUAUCUGCUGCUUCUGACGGAGAAUUACGGAGCCCUGACAGUGUUACAGCAGAAGAUCUUCACAAUGAAGAAUGCCAUCACCAUAUUUGGAAGCAGUUUCCCAAGUGACCAAGAAUACACACAGGUGUGUAGAAACAUCAACCGUAUCAAGGUGUGUAUGGAGACAGGGAACACGGUGGUCCUACUGAACUUGGAGAAUCUGUACGAGAGUCUGUACGACGCACUCAAUCAGUAUUAUGUGUACUUUGGAGGUGAGAGAUAUGUUGACCUGGGAUUGGGAACUCACCGAGUCAAAUGUAGAGUUCACAAGAAAUUCAGGUUGAUAGUUGUUGCAGAGAAGAAUAUUGUAUACAGCAAGUUCCCCAUCCCUCUGAUCAACAGACUGGAGAAACACUUCCUCAAUAUUUCCACCAUGUUGUCGGAAGUCCAAGUCCGAUUGGCAGAGAACCUGGAGAAAUGGGCUGAGCAGUUUGUCAAGACAUCAACUCCAUUACACCAAAGGACAAAGACCUCAGAUUUCACUUUGGGAGAUGUGUUCAUGGGGUACCAUGCUGAUACCUGUGCUUCAAUCAUCCUGUUGGUCAGUCAGAAAUACACAGAUGAUGAUUUACAAGGUUCAGAGACAGAGGUCUUGAAGGAAGCAAAAAAUGUCUUGUUGUGGUGUGCUACCCCAGAUGGUGUACUCAGAGCUAAAAAGACACUUCCAACUGAUGAGUAUGCAUUUGUUGAAAGUACUUACCAUGAAAAACAAAAGCAUGACAACCUACUAUAUUAUCUUGACCAGAAGAUCAAGACUGAAGACAGUGAAGGACUUUAUGCACAGGUAACCACCAACUCCAAGUUGAUUACCACAGUGGACGUAUCAGACCUGUCUCAGUACCUACACAUUCCCAGACCACAGAUCACUCUCCUGACUCUGCAGUCCUUUGACACGGAGCAGCAGUUCUGUAGACAAGUCAAGCAGAGCUUUGAGAGAGAGCUGGAGGAGGAGUCUCUGUUGAUUGUCCAGUGUGACAGUGGGAACGAGAAUGCUAGUCUGGUGGCCUGUGCUCAGUAUUGUGUGUUAGAUCAACUCCAACAGGUGGCAGACAGAAAGAUCGGGAAAACACACAUCGUCUUCAUCAUCCAUCUUCCUCGAGUAGCAGGGGGAGGAUUCACCGGGUUCCAGUGUGGUCGAUGGCACUCUGUCCACAUUGAUGAUCUCCGACCAGACAGUGACAAAAUGCCCAGCUUCAUGGAGAUGAGGAACAAGAGUGUAGGGACAUUACUAGAGAACGCGACCGGUCGGGCCGAUGGAGGGGACAGAGAGGACAUGGACUGGGAGGGUAGUGGUGACAGUCAACCAAUCCAAGAGUCUAGGGAGGUGGAAAUGAUGGAGGGUCAAGAUGUGUAUCCACAUGACUUUGGUGACAUGGUGGAACACACAGGACAAGUCCAUGUGGAGAGGAAGGUGGAUAUUGCCCUCUUCAUUAAGUUGACGGCCCGUCCUGCCCUGGCAAUGGUGAAAGACCCCGAGAAUUCAGAAAGGACAACCGAGAGAGUGAAAAUCUUGCUUGAGUUGCUUAAUCAAGAAAUAAAGGGAGAAAAAUUGACUUUCAUGGGAGGAAUAGGACGACAUCUUGCAGCCUUGAUGAAGGAGAAAGAGGAAACCAUGGGGCAAUCAGCAGAGAGCUGGCUGUAUGCUGAGGCCACCAAGAGGGACUGUAUAAACAGUGCAGGCACUUUCAGAAAAGCUAGAAAUCAGUGCAUCAUAGAGAAACUGUCCCCCAUUUUGGCUGGCAUUAUUGCUCAACUGGACACCAACAGUAACCUUGACCUCCUGAUUCAAAAAGAGCCAAGUUCUUGGGAGCACAAAUUAUGGCUGGAAAUAAUCAACAAUCCAUCAGCCACUCAGAUUGAGUAUUCUAUGGUGGUGUCCCCCAAAGACCGUGAGGAACUUCCUGAGGUCAUUGUCAAAGGAACAGGUUUUGAUGGCCUCAAAUUUAAGGCAAUGAUGCCGUUUUCUUGGCUAAUAUACAGACUUAUAGACAAAAUUCUAAGGACAUCACAGAAUAUUGGAAAACAUGUAAAUGUUCAAGAGUCAGUUAUGAGUGUGUUGGACAUCAUAGAGAAAACAACAUUAGGGAAAGUUCUUCAGAAGUGUCUGUCAGGGGUCAAGGUCAUGGAUUGUCUCAAGGCCUACCUGAGUGACUUUGUUCACAUGGUGUACCAUGUGACCGGCCAAGAAGAACAUGGGUUGGUGUGUGAAAAUUUGCUAAACGGAAUAAACAUGGAAUUCAGAGAAGGACUACCUAGUGUUGUCAUGAACUUUGUGGCCAUCCACGCUGUGUACAGUAAAACUGAGCCCCGUCUCAGGAACUUUGCCAGCAUCACGCGAGUGUGGCCAGACUGCAGUGAGCGAAUCAUUGAGUUCCAGCAGAAGAGUGCUCAGUUUUAUCUGGUCACUGACCAAGAAAUGACUCUGGAUGUCCUUGGGCUGUUCCUACUUUUGAAAUCUUUGGAGCCAAACAAAGACUCCAUCAGUGACCUGAAAGGUAGACAACUCUGGCAGAAACAAGUGCACAAGUACCGACCUGUUGUAGAGAGAAUUCUGGGACAGUUUGUGACUGAGGGGCACCAGACAGGGGUGGAGGAGUUUGGUAGGAGAUGUAUGGAGGGAAUCAAAGAGGCCAGAUAUGUGUGGACUAAAGUGGUAGUGAUGAAAUUGUUCCUUCAACACGUCUGUUCUGAUGAGAUGAUGACGGUAGAGCGUCCGAUGACUCUUUGGGUGAUGCUCAAGGACAAUGUUGAUUUCAAGAACUUAGAAUCUUUGGAGAAGGUGGAAAAAUUCCUCAAGAUAUGCAUGAAAAAUUCUGUGACCAAAACAUUUGGACGACAGGAGGAUUGUAAAGCUUGUGAGAGCGAGAUCACUGAGAGACCCGUACAACUUCCCUGCAAGGAUAUUAUCUGUGUGAAAUGUUUCAAUGAAUUGGCAAUUCUUGAGACCAGGGAGUGUCCUGUCUGUCAGAACAAGAUCCCUGCUCAUUUCAACCCUCGACAAGACAACACAGAAGACCUUAAAAUUAGGAAGUUAAACCUUUUCAAAAGUCGGUGCAACAGUUUCUUUAUGGACCUUGUAUCCCAGCUCUGUUUCUCGGAUGAUGAGCCCCCUUCCAAUGAAGUUGUCCAGAAGUUGAUGUCCUACAUCACAGCCACCGCCCGGAGAGGACAGGGAGGAAGGAUGGCCAGUAAGGAGAUGUCUGUGUUUGAGGAAGGCAUUGAUCCUACACCAGUCCUACGGUCCUUCCUCCUACAACACUUGCUCAGGACUAGCUCUGAACAAGUGCAGCAGUACUUAGCAAUGUAUUUGCAACAAGCAGAGGAUUUGAUGCCACUGAAAGAAAAUGAGGAGAAAAUGGUUGAGCUGUGUCUGUUGAUCAUUCAGUGUGUAGAGGACUCCUUCAAUCAUGAGGUUGCCAAGAGCACAGACCCAAUGAAGUACAAAAUCAGAAUGGCGACCCAGAUGUUACAGCAUGACGUGGGUUCUUUGGUGAGAGAGGGGCUGGAUGUGGAGAAACUGUACUGUAUGGCACAGACCCGGUUUGGACUGACUGUUGUAGCAGAGGUUCUCCACAAGUUACUGGUGGAGAAAUCAAUCAAACACAGCCAGCAGACAAGGAAGCUUCUAGAGGCAGCAGGAAAACUCUGUGAUGAGUGUGGCUCAAGGCAGCCAAAAUUGUUUCUGAUCAAACACCUGUGUCGCUGCUUUGGAGUGGAGACUUACCAGAAGAUCUGUAAGACAACUGAUGCCACCAUUGUACGCUGGCUGAGUGUACCCGAUCUCCAGAAAAAUGAGAUUGUUGAGUGCAGUGACCGAUUCAUCGUAUGUGGGGACCAGUACAAGGAGCUGAGAGAAAAGCUGACACAGGCAGCUCUAGGACAGAACAUGGACAUCUUUGAUGCAGCUAUCCAGGCUGUUCAGCUACCAGAUUAUCAGAAGAGAACCCUGGUCCUUCUAGCUGUGAUGAGAGAAAUAACUAUGUCUUAUUUGUAUCCUGAAAACAAAAGAAGAGUCACUCCAGCUGCGGUUGAACAAUUGCAUCAGCUCUUGGCUCAGCAUCCACUGUUUUCCAAUCAGGAUGAUCUGCCUGCUGCACUGUGUAGAAAUGCUGUAUGGAGGAGGAACCCCCAGCUGACUGUACAGGAGGGGAUGGACCUGGGCCACCAGAGUACUGUGUGUCUACUGAACCAUUUCUUCAUCACCCUGCUGGAGAUCCCAGAGGAGAGGACACUGGUGGAACCACUCAACAGACUGGUCCAGCAGCCAGGGGACAUGCAGAACUCCUUUCUACCAACUAUGCCACAAGAUGAUGUUGCUGAAAUAAAGGAAGCUCUGUUGGCAGCCAGACGGGGAGGUGAUGAAAAUCCAGUAUUUUAUCGUUGUCCCAAUGGUCAUCCAUAUGUGAUUGGAAAUUGUGGUCGUCCAUAUUAUCGCGGGCGUUGUAAAGAUUGUGGUGCAGAUAUUGGGGGUGAACGUCAUCAACUUUUAGCCAACAAUCAGUUGCAUGAUGGGCUAGACCAGACUGCUACAGGACAUGUGUUGGGUCGGGUGGAGGGGAGACAACCAGAUGCCAGCCCUGAGAGAGGACUCUCUCCCAUUGAGUGUGCCAUUGUACGACUCUUCACUCACAUGGCCAUGUAUCUAGGUGCCAAUAUCAAUCAACAGGCUAUCCAAAGUCUGAUAAAGCCAGACCUUGAUGCUGACAAUGUGCUGCCCUUUUUGUGGGCUCACAUAGAGAAAGACCUGCUGACCAUUCAGAGAGCCGUAGGGAGGAGUGUGGACGAUGUUUAUAUCCUUAUACACAGUAUCUGCAGAGACAUGAUGAGAAAACACAGAGGUGGUCAGCUGAACCAAGAAAUGUGUGUUUUGGCCAACAAGGCUGCUAGACAGAAAUGGGAAGAAGACUUUGCAAAAACCAUUUUGUCACCUGUUCUUAAGGAGAUGACAAAAGAUCUGAAGUCUCUAAAUGAAAAGCUUGCCAAUGAUCAGAGAUUAGGGUCUGACCCACUGCUGUGCCUGUUAUUUGAGAUAAACGUUCCAUCUGAGUGUUCCUCUCCCAACAGCCUCCACAAUGUGGCGGCUGUGUGGCGUUACAGGUCCCAGAUCACCAUGGACCACCUCCUACACACCGUGCAGGUCCAGGCUCCCACCCACAAAGUGUUGCUCAUGUUUCUACAAGAGGAGAAGCAGCUACGAGCUAUUCGCCUUGUACCCAGCAUCAUGAAACUCCAGAAAUUGCUGAUUCAGAGAUUCCAGAGAAAGUUGGACAGAGGGGAGGCUUUAACAAUGACUAUAGGGGAUAUGAUUGAGGAGUAUGAAAAUGAGGGCCGAUCAGAGGAGGUGAAGAAUUUGGUGAAUGACUUCAUUUUGGCCUGGCAGUGUGUGAAAAACAAGCUCCUGACAUAUCCCUUUCCAACCUUGGAGGGAUUAAACAAGAUUCCCAAGGAGUUCUGCCAGAAGCCCAUCACUGAUGCCCACCCAGUGUCUGUGAUGCUGCCCACUUUCAGGGACAGUGGGCUCUGUGCCUAUGGUCUACUGUACUAUCUACUGAAGAAACAAAACAACUUCCUGCAGGAGUACUGCAAGGUGAAGAAGCUCAAGUACACAGAGCUCCCCAAGGUCCAGUUGAGGGACGUGACCCCGGCUCACCUGAUCAGCUACCACCCUGAGAGGGACAUCCUCCCCAUGGUGAUGGCCAACUGUCACUACACAUUCCAGGUGGGCAAGGGCACCAAGAUAGACUACAACUUUGGGGACUUAGAGCGCCAGCUCAUGGACCGAUUCCUGUUUUCCAAGUCAGUCAUUGAGAUGCCAGUGUAUGAGUUUGAGAUGAUGACAUACAGAUCAGAGACAACUAAUGCUGUGGUGUUUAGAGAUCUCCGACAGAAAAUCAAACAGGAACCUUUGACCCCUGUUGUAGCCAAUCAGAUCUGUGAGGAGACCAGAACUUACCCUGACAUUUGUGAGACCUUGGACAAGCUAGAAAUCACCAUCAGCUUCCUGAAGUCUGUGAAAGGAGACUCCAAUAUGUUCUUAGAAAAAUUCAUGACACAAACCCUCAAGAUGGAAAAUCCCUUCCCCAGUCAAAAGGCAAGGUCCUCAUGUCAAUGCAAGCAUGCCCAGUCUCUGUGGAUAACUCUGGCCAUGGAGAAAACCCGAAGACAAGCCUCACACAAAGAAGAUGCAUUUGAAGGUGUAGUGACAGAACUGAGGGAAGAGCUUAAUGCUGCACAGAGAGAUAUGAUCACGUCCCUGUGUGAAGAUAUCUCCCUGGAGAGACUGGACCUACUGCUGGAGAUCCUGUUUGAGUGCAUUAUGCUGACUAUAACAGUUCCUAAAGGAACCGAUGAUGAUGAUGUCGACAUGACCAAACUUCCAUUGCAGGACACACUCCUGGGAUAUAUUUCUGCCCCACAGUAUGACCUUGACCUCAAUUACCCAGGAUGGACGAAUGAAAUUAUAGAGAGAAUUCCAAAUGAAGGAGCGGGUUUUACCGCCAUUCUUAACAACCAAGCAGUGGAUACCUGGCUGUUUUUGUAUGCUCUUUUCACAGUCAAACAAAGUGAAAGAAGAUAAUAGACAAUUUUAUAUAAAGGAGUGAAUAUAGACAAAUGAAAGUGAAAGGAAGAAAGUAAAAGGAAAAGCUGAUAAUAUAUAAACUGUGUUAAUUGAUGGUAUUUGUAUAAAUAUGGUUGAUUUUUGUGGCAAAAGAUAGUAAGAAAUGACUGACUGAUAUGCAUAUAAAAGAAAUUAUAUAUCUUAAAGAUAACCAUACAUUUCAAAGAAAUGGUAAUUUAUUGGGUCCAAACGUUAAAUGUGAUAGUUAAUUAAACUGUGCCAAUGUUUAUAGAUUAUUUAUAGCUUGCGACUUUGUUUUGUUUUGAAGUACAUUGUGUUUUGUAGUUUAUAAUUUGUUAUCUUUCAUAUAUUUUUUAAAUGUUGUGAUACUGAUAUAAUUUCACAAAUAAAAUCUAUAUAAUUUGGAUAUUCAAGUAAAUACCAAGUGAAUGAGAAUUUAUACUGGUAUUUUGUUCUACUGCAUAAUAAAUACCUGUGAUGAAGCUUAGCUUUAAUCUGCAUACAUGUAUAAACAAACCAUUAAAGCUUACUUAAAAAAUAAAAAAAAUAAUUCUUCUCAAGCUUUGACUGUACAAUCAUAGUGAGUUGUUUUAUUUAUAGCAACAAUGCCAUAUUUUGCUUUUAUUUCUACUUUAAUGUGCAGCGUGGAAUUGUAACAAAGGGUAUGUUCUCUGAACUUGUUGAAAAAAAUAUGGCACCUGAAUCAUGUUGAUCAAAUACACUGACGUAAGAUAGAAAUGAUCAAUAUGUGCUUGAAUAUGUAUAGAGGAUUUUAAAAGUUUACUACAUGUAGCUAUUCAACAUAGCUUUAAAGGUUGACAGUUUUUGGUGUAAAUUAUUUUGUUUACAUUAAGUUAUUCCAUGGACUAUAACUACAACUUUAAAAUGCACAGUGUGAAAAAUCUUGGGAUGUUCUGUUUGGAAAUCAUUGGAACAUGGUUAACCAAAUAUAAGCAUUUAUUUUCUUAUAUAUGAUUAUGUAUUAGAUAAGUAAACCACUGCUUUUGGAGAUGAAAUUGGUUUGCUUGAGUUUGGGGAUUAUUAUUUGAAGGGAGGGGGGGGGGGGGUAACUAAAGCACCAUAUUUCUAAAGAUAAAAUUGAUUUGCUGCAUGUUUCUAGGGAAUUGAUUUUUUGUUGUUAGUUUUUUUUCCCAUCAAAUAUAAGCAUUAUAGUAUCAUUUUAUGUUGGUUACUUUCUACAUUCAGUUUAUCUCGGUGUUAUGCACGUGUGCAAUAAAACUUUUUAUAACAAGUU